CCCCUUCGUGACGUUUGGAAUUUGUUUGAUGAGCCGAAUUCAUUGCGUUUGGCAGCCAUAAAACUAAAAAGCGAAGCUGCAAUGAAGGAAAACGAACUGCUGGAGCUGGCGAAGCAAGAGGAGGCGAUUGUGUACAGUCAGGCCAUUCAUUAUGCCAAUCGCAUCGUGUACCUGCAGAUCCCCAUGGAUUCGACGAAACUACGAAUGGUGAACAUCAGAAAUCUGGAGAGGAGCAACAGAUCACUUGCAAUGACCAGUGAUGCUGCAAGUUACGACGAGGACAGCGUGAAUCAUAGCUCGGAUAGCGAUGUGGAAUCCGGUUACAUGGACGGCGAAGAAAAUGAUCUCGGCCAAAAGACGGUGCGUUGGAUAGCAAAGUUUAUCGACAAGGUGUGCUCUGAAAGUUCCCUUAGCACUGAGAAAAUUCUCCAUCUGCACCAGAUGAUUCCAGGAGUCGUUGCAAUGCACAUUGAAUCGUUGGAGCACAUCUACCGAGAAAGUCGGAAGCUGCCGCCUAUACAUAAGCCAAGAAUGCUCGUUCCUGUAUUUCUACCCGGAGAACAAAUGCUACAAGGAUACUUGAGGGUGUACCUCAUACCUGACGGUAGGCAAGAUACGACGAAGCUAACAGACAAGUCUUACAGCAGCAGCUUUUUACCUGCGGAAGGAGCGAUAUUUUUGACCAAUUAUCGCAUUAUAUUCAAAGGCCAGCCAUGUGAUCCAUAUGGUGAGUGGUGUGAUUCAUGA